AUGAACAUGAUCGAGGAGUUGCCAGACAUCCGAAAGUUCUCGGCCAUGCUUGCUAAGCUCCAUCAUCAAAUUUCUCAAGGCCCAAGUAAAGAACUUGACCAGAUCCUGCCGGAAUUCAUAAGCAACGUUAGCCCUCGUCUGCUACGCCCUCUCGAAACCCGUGGUAGGACCCUCAAACCUGUUGCAUUACAUGGAGAUAUCUGGCAUGGAAACCUAGCCGUUAAUGCAAAUACAGGGGAGCCAGUGCACUUUGACGCAUCGAUCUUUUGGGGUCACAAUGAGUAUGAUGUUGGAAGCAUGGCUACCCCUCGUUACGGAGUGGGCCAGGACUGGAUCGUAGAAUACCACAAGUUCUUCCCAGUUUCAGUUCCAGAAGAAGAUCAUGAGGCUAGAGAUGUUCUUUACGCCAUGUAA